AAAAUUAGAACCGAAUUUACACAAAACUCUGAAAAAGAACGCGUAGCUUUCAGAAAUCUGUUGAAGUUUGUGGGAGUAAAAGUGUUUCCUGAAGUUACUGUGAAAGAUGAAAUGGACAAAUUUCUGAGUGUAUUUAGGGCGUAUUCACCGGAGCGUCCACUGCGCCCUCUGCUGUUAGCGACCGGAGCUGCAGCCGCGGCAGCCGGUAUUUACUAUUUAGUUAAAUGGACCGAUGGAAACAAAACGACAGCGAACCCCGAGGACACAAGCGACCCCGGAGACCCAGUGUGCAACGGAGCCACAGAACCGGCUCUGGUCCGACUCACAGAGGUUGUUCAGGACCAGAUGAAGUGUGAGAAAGAGCAGGAGGCUCACAACAUUCUACAGUUAUACUACCAGGAGAUGAUGGAGACUCUGACAAACAGUGAAAUUGUACUGAAGGCCUUACUGGGUGAAGUUGAGGAGAAACACCAGAAGGCAUUAGGGACCAUGACUCAGCUGGAGCAGGAGAAAUCUAACCUAACAUACCAGGUGAAGACUCUCCAAAACACAAUGCAGGACAUGGGGAACCAGCUCUUUUAUACUCAUUUGCAGUGUGAAGAGCUAAAGAUUGAGUGUGAACAAGAGCAGGAGGCUCACAGGCUUCUGAAUUUCGAGUACCAAGAGAUGAUGGAGACUCUGACAAACAAUGAAACUGUACUAAAAGACUCAUUGGCUGAAGCUGAGAAGAAACACCAGAAGGCUGAGAAGAAACGCCAGAAGGCUGUGAAGACCAUCACACAGCUUAGGCGGGAGAAAUUUAACCUGAGAGACCAGAUGAAGACUCUCCGAAACACAAUGCAGUACAUGGGGAACCAGCUCUUUUAUACUCAUUUGCAGUGUGAUGAGCUAAAGAAAAAGUGUGAGCGAGUGCAGAAGGCUAAUAGACUUCUGAAGUCUAAGUACCAAGUGAUGAUGGAGACUCUGACAGACAGUGAAACUCUACUGAAGGAAUCAUUGGCUGAAGCUGAGAAGAAAAACCAGAAGGCUGUGGAGACCAUCAAUCAGCUGAAGCAGGCUAAGUCUAACCUGACAGACCAGGUGAAGUCACUGCGAGAAACAGUGAAGGGUGGUGGAAACCAGCUCUGUGAUACUCAACUGCAGUGUGAUGAGCUAAAGAAAGAGUGUGAGCAAGAGCAGGAGUCUCACAGGCUUACGACGUCUGAAUACCAGGAGAUGAUGGAGACUCUGACAAAAAGUGAAAAGUUUCUGAAGAUACCUGGCAAAUCUCCUGGAUCCGAGGAGAUAGACAGCAAUGUGACCCAAAGCGGAUCCUCAUCAGAAUCAGCCUUAUGAGCAUAUUAGGGGUAACAAUGUGGGGGGAAACGUCAAGCUGGUCUUAAUGUUAAAAUUACAAUUGACCUAAGAAAUUUGAAUAUGAUUUAAUUAAAAAUAAUUUCAAUUUCAAAGUUCUCACCACCCGAAAUCAAAUAACAAUGAUGGCGAUGAAAUUCAAUUCAAUUCAAGUUUAUUUGUAUAACGCUUUUUAGAAUUUACAUUGUCUCAAAGCAGCUUUACAGAACAUA